UUGUAAUUAUAAUAAAACUAAUAAUUAUGGCAACCCCAUUCACAGCUGAAGAACAACUCGUCCGUCGUUCACUAUUUGGUUCCCUGUUUAAUGUAGCUGCGAAUAAACUACAUAAAUCAACCCCAACAACUCAACAUACAGCGCAAACUAGAGUUGUUCAAGAAAAUUUUGGUAAUUAA